AUGGACCUGCGCCUGGCCGUCUACAACGCGGCCCGGGAGGGGAAGCUGAAGCUGCUGCAGAAGCUGCUGGGCGGCCGCGGCCGGGAGGAGCGUCAGCGUCUGGCGGCGGGCCCGGGCGGCGCGGAAGGCCCGCCGUUGCUGAUCGCUUCCCGCCACGGUCACCGCGAGGUGGUGGAGUACCUGGUGGACCACUGCGGCGCGCGGGUGGGCGCGGGCGGGUCGGUGCGCUUCGACGGGGAGACCAUCGAAGGGGCCCCGCCGCUGUGGGCCGCCGCCGCCGCCGGGCACCUGCCGGUGGUGCGGAGCCUGCUGGAGCGCGGCGCCUGCGUCAACCAGACCACGCUGACCAACUCGACGCCGCUGCGGGCGGCCUGCUUCGACGGGCACCUGGCCGUGGUGCGCUACUUGGUGGGCGAGUGCGGCGCCGACCUAGAGGUGGCCAACCGGCACGGCCACACCUGCCUGAUGAUCGCCUGCUACAAGGGCCACGCCGACAUCGCCCGCUACCUGCUGGAGAGGGGCGCCCAGGUCAACCGCCGCAGCCUGAAGGGCAACACGGCCCUGCACGACUGCGCUGAGUCUGGCAGCCUGGAGAUCCUUCGCCUGCUGUUGGCUCGCGGGGCACAGAUGGAGCGGGACGGCUAUGCCAUGACCCCGCUGCUGGCUGCCAGCGUCACCGGCCACGCCAACAUCGUGGAGUUCCUCAUCCGGGGGGCGCUGGAGGAACCCCAAAGCCGAGACGCCGAGGAGGAGGAGGAGGAGACAGAGGAUCAGCAAGGAGAGGAAGAGGAGGAGACGGAGGAUGAGAGCGGCGGAUCCCACGUCUACUGCACCCGAGAGGCCGCGGUGGAGGCGCUGGAGCUACUGGGCGCCACCAUGGUGGACAAGAAGCGCGACCUGCUAGGUGCCCUGCAGCAUUGGCGCCGGGCGAUGGAGCUGCGUCUCCAAGGGGGCGAGGGUCUUUCCAAACCGGAGCCUCGGCAGCGGGUGCUGGCUUACGACUACGCCCAAGAAGCGAGCAGCAUGGAGGAGCUGGAAUCGCUCAUCACGGAUCCCGAUGAGAUGAGGAUGCAGGCCUUGUUGAUCCGAGAACGUAUCCUGGGACCGUCUCACCCGGAUACCUCGUAUUAUAUCCGCUACCGGGGGGCCGUCUAUGCCGAUUCGGGCAACUUUGAGCGGUGCAUUAACCUGUGGAAGUAUGCCCUGGAGAUGCAGCAGGGCAACCUGGAGCCCUUGAGCCCCAUGACCGCCAGCAGCUUCCUCUCCUUUGCCGAGCUCUUCUCGUAUGUGCUGCAGGACCACUCGAAGGGCACCUUAGGGACUCAGCUGGGUUUCUCUGACCUCAUGGUGGUUCUGAGCAAAGGGGUCCGUGAGGUUGAGAGGGCCCUCCAGCACCGGAAGGACCCGGUGGCGGACGCUUCCCAGUUCACCAAAGCCCUGUCCAUCAUCCUCCACUUGGUCUUUUUGCUGGAGAAAGUCGAGUGCUCUCCCGAGCAGGAGCACCAGAAGCGCCAAACCAUCUACCGCUUGCUGAAGUGUCACCCGCGAGGCAAGAAUGGCUUCACCCCGUUGCACAUGGCGGUGGACAAGGACACGACCACGGUGGGCCGCUACCCGGUGGGGAAGUUCCCUUCUCUCCACGUGGUGAACCUCCUGCUGGAGUGCGGGGCCGACCCGGACAGUCGGGAUUACGACAACAACACCCCGCUGCACGUGGCCGCCCGGAACAAUUGCCCCGUCAUCAUGAGCGCCCUCAUGGAGGCCGGAGCUCACAUGGAUGCGACCAACGCUUUCAAACAGACGGCCUACGAGCUCCUGGACGAGAAGCAGCUCACCAAGGCCAUGAUGCAGCCUUUUAAUUACAUCACCUUACAGUGCCUUGCCGCCCGAGCGCUGGAUAAACACAAGAUUCCUUAUAAGGGUUCCAUCCCUGAAGAGUUGGAAGCCUUCAUUGAGCUCCAUUAGCCAAGGAGGACUCUUCUCUCUACCGGCCUCUUCCUAGACCCGUUGCGGCUGGCAGGGAGAGGACUUGGAUUCGCGGUCUUCCUGGGGGUCUGGAUUUUAAAA